AUGGCCGAAGGACGCUCUGAGCCCCUCCGCCUGGGCAGCACCGCCCCCAAUUUCAAGGCCGAAACCACCGCCGGCCCCAUCGACUUCCACGAGUUCAUCGGCGACUCGUGGGCCAUCCUCUUCUCCCACCCCGCAGACCGCACCCCCGUCUGCACCACCGAACUUGGUGCCUUCGCAAAGCUCGAACCCGAAUUCGCGCGCCGCAACACAAAGCUCAUCGGCCUGUCCGCCGACUCCAUCGAGUCGCACGACGAGUGGGUCAAGGACAUUGACGAGGUCACUGGCAGCAACCUCAAGUUCCCCAUAAUAGGCGACAAGGAGCGCAAGGUCGCGCUGCUGUACGAUAUGCUGGACCACCAGGAUGCCACCAAUGUCGAUCAGAAGGGUAUUGCGUUUACGAUUCGCUCGGUUUUCAUCAUCGAUCCUAAGAAGACUAUUCGCUUGAUUCUGAGCUACCCGGCGUCCACUGGUAGGAAUACCGCCGAGGUUCUGCGUGUGCUGGAUUCUCUGCAGACGGGUGAUAAGCACAGGGUUACCACCCCUAUUAACUGGGUUCCUGGUGAUGAUGUUAUCGUCCACCCAUCCGUUUCCAACGAGCAGGCCAAGGAUCUCUUCCCUGACUUCCGCAUCGUCAAGCCUUACCUGCGGUUCACCCCGCUUGCAAAGGAGAAGACCAGCGCGGCUUAA